AGCCGAAUAAGGGUGGUAAGGGGACUCAGAUUUAGGAGAAGGAUAUUGGCCUAUGGAAUAGAGGAUCCAAUUGCCUCUCCAACUGGGUUGGGCUUGAUCCUUUCUCCAUGGUGACCCGGCAGGGACUGCAGGCUGGGGCUGCGGACGUUUCACACGAGGAGAUUCCACGAACCAGCAGGGCAGGGGAUGCGACGCAGCAUCAAGUGGAAGGAAGCGGUCAGCAUCAUGAGGCAGAGGUGGCUGAACCAUCUCAACUGGGGAGACGGCCUCUGAUCACAGAUACUACGCAUGAAGAGCUUGACCAUGUGAGUGGCGCAAUGGCUGGGAUGCUACACAACUUGGAGGCUCGAUGCGGACAGGAUCACUUGACUGAGGUGGCCAUACGGGAGGCGACAGAUGAGGGAUUCGAUGGAGGGAAGAAUGCGGGAGGUGGAGCCACUGCUGAGGAAAAGGAUCUUAGCCAGUGGAGACAUGAACGGCCCCAAUGUGGCAUCCAAAAAAACCCUCUUGGUUGGCCGUAGGUCUGACGAGAUGGGAAGGUUGCAAAUUGUGGCGAAGGACCCGGGGGCAGGUAUAGUGGCUGCUGGGCAUGGUGAGGAGGAUGACGUUGACAUAAACCACAACACACAGAACAAAGAUUGGCAUCUCCAAGCUGGGACAAGAUUGAGAAUGCAGAAAAUGAAAAGCUUGAUGAAGGGUGGGACACAGGAUUACAGCAAGGGCCAAGAGGAAGUAUACAAGAGCCGUACAGAAGUAGGAUCAGAGGCUGAGGCUGGUUUGGAUGGUGGAAAUGGAUCUCACAAGGAGGAACAACGACUGAGUUGGGAAGAAGAAAUAGCUGAGAACAAAGAGGCUUAGAAAUUAGCUAUAGAGUCCGAUGCUCAGUGCCGUGAUGAGGAGGAUAUUAUGGCAAUCCUAUAGGAGUAAAACGAGGCAAUGGCCCUAAAGCGACGACAGGCAAAGAAAAAAAAGAAAAAAUACGAAGAAGCCAGCUAAAAACUCGCAAGCCAGUGUGUACUAAUAAUGUUAAAUGAUUAUAAGUUCUUGGAAUAUCAGGAGUUUGGGUGGUGCUGGAAAAUUCAGUAUGCUAAAGAAUUUUAAAAAUAAGUUUAGAUUGGAAAUGUUUGGAUUGAUAGAAACAAAAAAGGAGUUAGUGACUAAUUUUGAAGUAAUGAAUA